GCUCAAGUCCGAGGGGACUGGGAGGAGUUAAAACAAAUAUAGACGGACAAACUAAACGCGAGGUCUGGGACUUCGUACAACCGAGCCAAGAAAGGAGUGGGUCCAGAAAAGGGAGACAGCAAGGGGAAAUUCAAACCGGGACUAGUGCGGGGCUGGGAAGCCUUCGGCUGGGCCUCGGCGCUUCCAGGGGACGCAGGCCUGGGUGGCGCCCCCGCCGAGCUCCCUCCCGCCUCCCGGCGCACCCCAUGCACCUGCCGGGCUGCGCGCCAGCCAUGGCCGACGGGAGCUUCUCGCUUGCCGGCCACCUGCUCCGCAGCCCGGGAGGGAGCACCUCGCGAUUGCACAGCAUUGAGGCCAUCCUGGGGUUUACCAAGGACGACGGGAUCCUCGGCACCUUCCCCGCGGAGCGGGGCGCCCGGGGCGCGAAGGAGCGGGAUAGGAGGCUGGGCUCACGGCCCGCCUGCCCCAAGGCGCCCGAGGGAGGCGCCGAGCCCUCCCCGCCGCCAGCUCCGGCGCCCGCCCCCGAGUACGAAGCCCCUCGCCCCUACUGCCCCAAGGAGCCCGGGGAGGCACGGCCGAGCCCAGGACUGCCCGUCGGGCCAGCCACCGGCGAAGCGAAACUGUCAGAGGAGGAACAGCCCAAGAAAAAGCACCGGCGGAACCGCACGACUUUCACCACGUACCAGCUGCAUGAGCUGGAGCGCGCGUUCGAGAAGUCCCACUACCCGGACGUGUACAGCCGCGAGGAGCUGGCCGGCAAGGUCAACCUACCGGAGGUCCGGGUCCAGGUGUGGUUCCAGAACCGACGGGCUAAGUGGCGGCGGCAGGAGAAGCUGGAAGUGUCCUCCAUGAAGCUGCAGGACUCGCCCCUCCUCUCCUUCAGCCGCUCUCCGCCCUCGGCGACACUGUCGCCCCUCGGGGCGGGUCCGGGCAGCGGUGGCGGGCCGGCUGGGGGCGCGCUGCCGCUGGAGUCCUGGCUCGGGCCGCCGCUGCCGGGCGGGGGCGCCACGGCGCUGCAGAGCCUGCCCGGCUUUGGGCCGCCGGCGCAGAGCCUGCCCGCCAGUUACACGCCGCCGCCGCCGCCGCCGCCGCCGCCCCCGCCCUUCCUGAACUCCCCACCGCUGGGCCCCGGCCUGCAGCCUCUUGCGCCGCCGCCGCCCUCCUACCCGUGCGGGCCCGGCUUCGGGGAUAAGUUCCCGCUGGACGAGGCGGACCCGCGCAACAGCAGCAUCGCGGCGCUGCGUCUGAAAGCCAAGGAGCACAUCCAGGCCAUCGGGAAGCCGUGGCAGGCCCUCUAGGGGUACUGGGGACCGUCUUGGGAGCCGACCCCGGACCGAGCGCAACGUAUCCACAUCCUCUCUACCAGGGACCCCCCACUCGGCCCCUCUUUUCCUAUCGCCUGCAAGCCACCCGCCAGUCAUAGUUCAGGGCCAUGCGCCUGCUCCCGACGCACGGGAAGAAGGGCGACUUUCAGGCCUGAGGAGAGGCUCUCUGGCCGCCUCAACACACUUCGCGGACCUCAGCCCUGCAGCUGGAGGGCAACAAGCUGCCGGGCCCCGCUGGCCACGCCGCUCCCAUCCCCGCAGGCACUGGAGCCUCCAGGCCCAAACAGGCUGAAGCUUCUGAACUUGGCCAUUCCCAGGAGACUUGGAGAUCCCCAGAUAAUCGUAACAGGGAAGCAGGAGCGGCGGAAAAAUAGAGUUUGAGGAACUUUUGUAUAAGUAGUUUCAAAGUAUUUGAGAGGAGAAUUAAAGGCAUGCUUGUUUUGUUUCGA